AUAACCAUCAAUCGUCACUUGUACUUUGAACUUCGAAGCAAUGGCUCGUACUAAGCAAACCGCGCGUAAAUCCACCGGUGGUAAGGCACCAAGAAAGCAACUCGCCACCAAGGCCGCUCGUAAGAGUGCGCCUGCAACCGGUGGAGUGAAGAAGCCCCAUCGCUACAGGCCCGGAACCGUCGCUCUCCGUGAGAUCCGUCGCUACCAGAAGAGCACAGAGCUCCUCAUCCGCAAACUGCCCUUCCAACGCUUGGUCCGUGAAAUCGCUCAGGACUUCAAGACCGACCUGCGCUUCCAGAGCUCCGCCGUGAUGGCCCUCCAGGAGGCCAGCGAGGCCUACCUCGUCGGUCUCUUCGAAGACACCAACUUGUGCGCCAUCCACGCCAAGAGAGUCACCAUCAUGCCAAAGGACAUCCAGUUGGCCCGUCGCAUCCGAGGAGAACGUGCUUAAUUUUUUCCACCACACAAAACAAUCGGCCCUUUUCAGGG